UACCUUUCUGGAUGUCCGACCUUGUAAUCAAAUUGAUACAAUUCACAUAGUGUCCCCAGAAACCCAACUUUCCUCAUCUACGAACCUUAUCAGUCCCCAAGUCCCCCGCUCAAUCGGAUCAACGGCUAUUACCAUGAGCUCAAACGCGGAGUCAACCAGGGAGAUGCUCCGAGUGGAACCCAUCACCGACCCGGCCGACUUCGACCGCUUCUUCCAGAUCACCGCCCUCGCCUUCGGCCACCAGGUCCAGGACGGCGUGUGGUGUGCCAUGAACCCCGGCUGGGACACGCCGGAGGGGCAAAAGAGCGGCAGCGCCCGCUUCGCGGCCCGCUGGUCCUCCACCACCACCGACCAACAAGGCCGUCCCAACACCAUUUUCCUCAAGGCCGUGGUCCCACGCUCAGAAGGCAGCGCAGCAGGCGACGAGGAGAUUGCUGGUGUGGCUAUCUGGGUUCAAGCGUCCCAGCUGGCCGGAUACGGGGAUGCCCCUGUCGUGGAUAUCGGCGAGACGAUGGACCUAGAGGCCUUGAUUCCGGGGAACCCGGCCGAGCAACGGUAUCUGCGCCAGGUGGUGUUCAUGCUGCAGCGCCGUCGGAUCGAGUACGUCCGCGAGAUUGCGGGCACGGACUCGCCGGCGGUGCUGGUGUUGGAUCUCUGUGCGGUGGACCCUGCGUUCCAGCGGCGGGGGGUCGCAACAAAAUUGGUGGAGUGGGGGCUCCACGAGGCGCGGGAGCGCGGGGGGCUGGAGGCUGUGCUGGAGGCGUCGAGCAUGGGGCGGCAUGUUUACCGGAAGCUGGGGUUCGAGCAGGACGGCGGCGAGUUUGUGUACGAGGUGGAUGAGGAGUUUCGGGAUCGCCAGCGGCCUUCGAAUGUGUUUAUGCGCACGGGCAGACCGACGCAGUGAGGGAUUCAGAGCUUGGUCUUAAAGAUCAUUUCGUGGCUGGAUUUUACGCUCUACCCGGCUUGUGGAUACAGCGUGCUGUGUAUAUAUCAUGUGUCUUCAGUAUUACUCAAUAGAAGGCUCAAUUUAGG